ACUGACUCGAAUCUAACUGAGUUUAGCUCCCCCAACUAAGACUAGUGAAAAUUACAUAGUUCAAUAAUCAUCCAGAAUGGGUAUCUGUGAAGAUACAAGACCUCCAAUUCGAGUCCGACGCCAUCUUAUUAAGUUAAUCAUAGGAGUUGGUCUUGGAGUUGUUCUUUUACUGGGAUUAGCUGUUGUAUUUCGUAACGAUCCUCCCAUGAGAAAUCUCCGAAAGCGUUUUAUGAUGGGCAGUAUGACGUCGCACAGCAACAAAAUCCCAAGCAGGCAAUACCACUACUCGCAUGCUGCCGUAGCAGCAGACAACCCCGAGUGCUCAAAGAUUGGUAGAGACGCUCUAAUGCGAGGUGGUUCAGCAGUCGAUGCCGCUGUUGCUACCAUGUUAUGCGUUGGGGUGAUCAACCUGCAUUCUACAGGCAUUGGAGGAGGAGGGUUUAUGGUUGUUUACGAUAAACACCGAAAAAAGGGCGAAAUGAUAGACUUCAGGGAAACUGCUCCUCAGCUGGCUAACAGGGACCUCUUUCAAGGAGACGCUGUAAAAGGAAUCAAAGGUGGUCUUGCAGUAGCCGUCCCAGGCGAGUUACGUGGAAUGGAAGCUGCUUGGAAAAAGUAUGGCAGACUGCCGUGGAAAGACUUGUUUGCACCGUCAAUCAAACUUGCUAAGGAAGGAUUCCCGAUGCCGGAGACUGUCAACAUCGCUAUUAAUAUUUGGAAAAAAGUGCUUGUCAAAGACAAAGGUUUCAGGAGAGUAUUCAUGCCACAUGGCAAACUCCUAAAAACUGGAGACACCAUUAAACGUCCACGUCUUGCUAAAGUGUUGGCAACGAUAUCAAGAGCUGGUAACGCCAAUCCUUUCUACCGUGGGAAGCUUAGUCCAACUUUAGUCAAUGAUGUUAAAGCUGCUGGUGGUGUGCUGACAUUAAGUGACCUCAAGCACUACAAAGUCAAAUUCAGGCCAGUUCUUAAGAGCAAUAUUGGGAGCUACACAUUGUUGACCGGACCGCCUCCCACAGCUGGGCCUGUGCUUGCUAUGAUCCUCAACAUACUAUCAGGAUACAAGUUCAAAUCAUCAGACCUCAAAAAGCACCCAGUUCGCACAUAUCACAGAAUAGUUGAGGCCUUUAAGUUUGCCUACAAGUAUCGAUCAAUGAUGGGCGAUCCUGAAUACGAGAAGAGCGUAGACGCCGUCGUACACGACAUGAUGAGUGAGAAGUUGGCUAAAGAUAUUCGAUACAUGAUCUGGGACAACCAAACUCAUUCACAAGCGUAUUACGGAAAGCGUUACCACGUGCCUAUCAAGACAGGAACGACUCAUUUGACCGUGUUGGGACCUCUUGGGGAUGCUGUCUCCGUUACCAGUACUGUCAAUGGAUACUUCGGUGCAAAGUUCUUGUCUACCAGACUUGGCAUUGUCUAUAACAACGAGAUGGAUGACUUUAGUGCUCCUGGUAUCACAAAUGAGUUCGGUCUUCUCCCAUCCCCAGUCAACUUCAUUAAGCCAGGCAAACGCCCUCAGUCUUCAGCCGUACCAGCUAUUAUAAUAGACAAGGAUGGUCAGGUCAUGAUGGCAGUUGGCGGUGCUGGAGGGACUAUCAUCACAACAGCUGUAGCAAAUGUGAUAAUGAAUUAUUUCUGGUUUAAGAGGAAUCUACAUCGCUCGGUCACAAUGGCACGACUACACGAUCAACUCUAUCCCGAGUAUGUAUUCGCUGAAACAUGGUUCCCUAACGACAUUGUCAAUGGUCUCCGUUCUCUAGGACAUAAGGUGAAUGUGAGCGACAUUAGCCAUGGUGUCGUCCAGGCCGUCGCUAAGAAUCCAUACAAAUAUCUUCCAAGUGAUGUUCAUGGUAAAAGAAAAGGUUACGUACAUAGAAUCUUGUCACAGAUUUAUGCCGAGUCAGACCAUAGAAAAGGGGGAUUACCUGCUGGAUAUUAACAAUAUAAAAAGUAACCAUAAUUUCACGUCCAUCAGAGCAGAUAUUUUUUUAAACGUUUUAUUCAGUGAAUGGCGUACGUAUUACGAACUCGGCCCAUGGGCCCGUUCCAAAGUACUUUGAGGGGGUGUCAAUGGGGUUAGUUAACUGAUAAUUAAUGGCCAAAAAAUAGUCGUUAACUAACAAAUAACCUAAAAUUAGUAAUUAACAGUUACCGGCGUUUGCAUUGCUACGCGGCCACCCCAGACGUACACUUUGCAAUAGACUGCCGUCAAUCAGACACGUUGACGUCAUUUACACGCGUGUGUGAUUCAAAAGGCGCCAAAACUUGUCGAUUGUUUACAAGUAUUAUGAGCCACACUCACCGGGCCUAUCCGGGCCGAUCCAAACGCGUGUAAAUGACGUCAACGUGUUUGAUUGACGGCAGUCUAUUGCAAAUUGCAUGUCGCGAUUUUGUCUGCGGUGGCCGCGUAGCAAUGCAAACGCCGAUAACUGAUAUAUAUUUCAUCAUUUUGGUUAAUAUUGUGGUCAGUCAAAAUUAUCAGUUAACUGACAUUCGGCCGAAAAAUUACUAGUUAACUGACAACUGGGUACCCCCAUUGGCACCCUUUAUGCUUUACCUUAUAUAUAUAGAAAAUAUUGCCAAGUUGGAAGAAAACUUUUUUUAAACCGUGUAAUUUUAAAGUCGUAGCAAAAACUAUAUUCGGAAUUAGUGGGGAAAAAAGAUUAAAAAUUUCUCCAGGUGGUAGAUGAGUAGUAAAAUUACGUGUUUUUGGCGAUGUUUGCAAAAGGUGAAGUGAAAUGAAGGAGAACGAUGAAAACGUCAUGUCUGUCGUUUGCAGGAAGAAAAACCUGAUGUUAAUAUGUACUUCACAAGGACUUUUACCUUUGUCUAUUUACCACUCUUUUCACAGCUACGCGCUGAUCGGACAACAGUCGCAACAGGGAAAUAGGGCAAUACACUGCCGCCAAUCAGAGAAUGUAAAGGUACCGACCAAUAUAUUUGAUUGAUGGAAGUGUAUUGCCCAAUUUCCCUGUUGCGACUGUUGUCUCGAUCAGCGCAGAGCAAUGAAAAGAGUGGUAAAGGGAGAAAGGGGGCAAAAUGUUGUAAAAUUUAACUAUGAAAUGGAAAGAGAACAGAAUACUUUGGAACGGGAGUAUAUAUAAUAAAAAUGCUACGAAAACAA